UCCCUGGAGAAUGGUGGUGGAGGAGGUAGUCUGGGCCAUGGGAGAGGCAGCCGCAGUAAGAAGAGCGGAGAGAAGACAAAGCGUCUAGAGGAGGCCCAGAUGGAGAUCCAGGAGCGGGGACACAGCCUGAACAGGAGCAACUCUCUCAGGUCAAAGGUUACUUCUGAAAACAGGUUCAAUGACUAGAACGGGCCAUGGACUGGGGGAAAGUACCAAAGCCUAUGUAAGUCCAUUGAUCCGAUCUCAAUCACUCCCUAUCCACAGGUCACAGACCAUAGAGGAGGACAGCUUCCACCGGCCUGAUGGCGCCAUCGCCAAAAAUGUAAGCGCACCUGAAAUAUACAGUACAACACCCUGGAUGGGGGCUUUAGACAAGAUGGCACUGACAGACACAGUUGCACUGUUUCUAGCUCCUAGCCAAUACCAAGCAUUUCACUGCACCUGCGAUAACAUCUGCAAAUCUCUAUAAGCGACCAAUAAACUUUUAUUUGAUUUGAGGUCCUAGCACUCCUUCUCCACUAUAUGUUUGGGCUCUUGGUUCUGGCUCGGAAAUGUCUCCUGAUUGAAUGGUUGAUUGAUUAAUUAAUUGGUUGAUUGAUUAACAGAGCGUUAGAUCCUUUCCUCUCUCUUGUAGAGUUUUGUGAAAUACAACAAAACCUUCCACAAACUCUUCCGAGACAUUCCAACAGAGGAGAAAGUAACUCAUGGUGAGUUGAUCUCAGUACAUAGUGAGUCUGUAACUUAUUUAUGGUUUCAUCUUCGUCGUCCUGAGAUUGUCUGGGCUGUGGAUUCAUGUCUCGAUUAUGGAGGCAUGAUGGAGUCAUCACAAUCAAUACUUAAUGCGUUGGGACAUUCAUUAUAAUUCCACAAUAUGUGCUUUGUGCUCCUUGCUAACAACUAAACUUAAGCACUCACUUUGCACAAUAUUUAAAUGUGCCCUCAGCUUCUAAGAAGGGCAUACAGAAUAUCAUAGUGUAUUCUGGGGAUAAAGGGACAUUUCAAGCAGAAACCCUCUCUGUGUGUCUCUCAUUUGACUCUGUCCUCUGUCCUGGUUGUGUGUUUCAGCGUUCACCUGUGCCCUGCAGAAGGAGGUGUUGUAUCAUGGGAAGCUAUUCGUGUCUGUCAACUACGUGUGUUUUUACUCCUCCGUACUCCUCAAAGACACCAAGGUAAGAGAUUCACAUAUAGCAGAAUAGAGUAGAGCAGAGUAAAAUAGAGCAGAGAAGAGCAGAGUAGAGUAGAGUAGGGACCCUAUUCAAUCCGUAUUGCGGAAGUUCAGCUUCACAGCGUGAUUGAAAUUUAAAGGCAACGUUCCCACGUCAGCGGACACUGCAUAAGUCGGCUCAAGUAAACGCUGCAUAUGUCGGCUCAAUCGGAAAUUACUUUACAUUUCUAUCGCACAAUCUGUAACGCUUCAGCGAUACAGAUUGAAUAGAGCCAUAGACUAGAGUAGACAACAUACAGUAGGUAGAAGCAGAUGCAGCGUUGUGGUCUGUGUUAUGUGUUGUUGAUGUUGUACCUGUGUCUUGUUGUAGGUUGUGGUCCAGGUGUCCAGCGUAAAGGAAGUUAAGAAGCAGAACUCAGCCCUGUCUAUGCUCUCCAUCCGCACUACUGAUGGAAACAAG